ACCCGUGGUCGGGGUCUCCCCGUCCGAGCAGCUCGACAACCCAGAGCUGGACAAGGAAGACUCGAGCACCGACCUCCAGACGCGGAGGCGGCGGCUGCAGCUCCGGGCAGCGACGACCAGGAUGAGGGUGGCCGCGCUGGGACGCGACCUGGAACUGGACGACUGGGAUGAAGACGCCAGUGGUUCUGGAGAGGGACAGCACUAUGCAGAUGACUGGAUGGCUGGGGCAGCAGCUGUGGCCCCCCCAGCCAGGCUGCCUCGCCCUCCUCGAAGGGAUGUUAGUGGGGGCAAGGGAGGAGGUGUCCUUGUCCGCCACAACCAGGGCAGGAGCAGGACUGGGGGGACAUCUGUUGGUUUUCACACCCAACCCAUCCUCAUUCUCUUCCUCUCAGCCCUGGCCCUGCUUGGACCAAGAUAACAGGGGAGGGGUGCCCUAGCAUCAGAAGGGUUCAUGGCCCUUCCCCUCCUCCCCCCUGCCCUUCAGCUGGGUCUGGGGAGGAGUUGAAGGGGGAUGCAGAGAGGUAGAGAAAGGGACUUUUUGGGUGAAUGGCUGGGGCCCCAAAUCCAGGAGAUUACCAUU